AUGGCAAUGUAUUUGAGGAAUCUACAUUUUUGGUUUCUUUUGGGUCCAAUUAUCACUAUGGUAUGGCUCCGACGAAAGAAGAUACUCUGUCGCGUGACAACAGCGCGACAAAUCGACGAGGAGUCUGGUGACGAGGAAAUAGUUGAGGUGGGUCGUGGACACUCUAUCCAACGAGAUCUUAUCUUUACGUAUCACGCUCAGACUAGUUCAAUCCCAGUGCGUGUGGCGAGGAUAUUUGGAAGAAUUUACAAUGUAACUUGCACAGUUUGUAAUUUUCUUUUUAUAAUCAUCCUCAACAAACACAAAGUUGUCACAAGGUAUGUGUUCUACAUCAGUGUGUGUAUGAUCUGUGCUUAUGCUGAAAGUGACAUAGUAGCUGUGUUUUACUUCAUUCUCAAUUCGCAAGGCUCCCUGAAUAACUUAAAACUCACUGCCCUUCGCACUGUAGCACUGGGCCUCACUUUGAAUCUAAGUUUUAGUUCUUCAAUGCACAUAAUCCGCAAACUUAUGAAGCCACAGGAGUCUGUGUUUGAGGGACUGUCAGAGAGGUGAGUUCAAUGUUUUUGGAUUGGGUAAGCAGCAUCUCUUGCCAUCUUCCUUCGAUAUCAGUUUUUACACAAUCUGCGAGACAAAUAUUAAUGGGAGCUAAACGAAAAAUUUCAUAAUAAUCUGGAAUUUGAUUGGGUUUUCCAUAAAAUAGGACUUGGCCGUGUUUUAGAGUGGUGUUAUGCCGCUUGUCUACAGCCUUGUGAAAUAAAGAACUUUGACAUUAGGGGGUUUAACAAAAACACAGCGGCUAUAGAGCGGGAACGUCACUAAACAAAAGGUUUCAUGAGUAGAACAGUCGUGCACGUGCGUUAUAAAUCUUAGUAAAUUUCUUCGCGUCCUUUGCAAAACAACAAUGUGAAGUGACCAAACUUUGCCUUGAAUUGUUAGCUUUUGACUAUGAAUCUUAAUAAUCUAGC